UGUUUGGAUAUUGUGGUAGAGUUUGACAUUUGUUUUGAUUGAAACAAUUGAUGUAAUCAUAUGAUUGUCUUAUAUAUCAUAUAAGCAAUGAGUGGACAGACAUCUCAGACAACAAGUCUGUACUCAGACUCUAAAGCAAGACUUUGCGACAGAAUAGCCUCUAAUAUACAGAGCGCCGGAUCAGUCACCCGACAGAUCAUUAAAGGCUCAAAAUGUGUUGAAACACUCAAUCAAAGCGCCCGCUCUUUGGCCGCACUCGACAACACUAUUGAUAAUACUUAUUCAAAUAUCAAGAAACUCGAGAUAUCAACCAAACAGUUCCAAAUGCAAUUAGAGGACAUCAAUAACAGUUGUCAACAAAUACGAGAAGUUGUCGAUAAAAUGAAUUAA